CGAACCUGACACGUGAUCUCGCAACGGCGGUGUUCGGCGGCGACGCUUCUUCUCCUUUGAUUAAGAAGAUAGUGAUCGGUAUUGCGUUUUGUUCCCUAUUCAAAAUCAGGGACGACCGACGCAAGCUCUUGACGAUCAUCCCGCGACAACGAAGCCCACCCCCGCUCCUCCGCCGUAUAACGUAAUCGUAAUUCUUGUGUCUUCUUCGCUCGGGAAUAACAAUCGACGAAUCGCUCUUGAGAGUCUCCAGUGACCUCCUAGUGUGCGACUUCCGUUAGUGCUCGACCCAAAUAAGACGCGUUGACCGACUUGCUCCUGGCACGAGACCUGGACCGCUGGCUGACCGACACCUCAUUGAACGGAUUCCGCGAGAAGGAGGAAAAAGCAGGAACCUCGGCGAAGAAUGGCGUUGCGGAACCCAAGUAGCGUUGUCGCGCUUCGUGAAGUGCCCAAGAAAUUGAGUGACGAGAUCGACGACUUGGACGAGAUCACUUUCGAUCGGUUCAAUGACGAAACUUUCUCUGGCAUGGAAGAAUGGACUCCCGAGGACGAACCUCAAGCAGUCAACGAGGACCCGAAAAAAGAGGACACCAAGGAGCCUAGCGAGAUGAUGACCCUCAUCAACUCCUCCUUCAAUUCCCUCGAUUUAGAUCUGUCCUCCGAAGAUCGAGAGUUGCCUCAGGGCUCGGAGAACGGCAACCACCAGAGGGUGCAACAUACCUCUUGGGGUCAAAAACACUUCGAGGAUCUUCAGUCAUCGCCGUCCGUGAAUUGUGGAAAGCGGGUGACCUUCCAGCAGGAUCGACGCUCGGAAGCAAUGUUUCCACAAAACCCUGGAAACUACGUGGAUGAACGCAACUUGCGCGACUACGACGAUGAAUUGCGGCGUUCCGAUCCGUACGUGGACCACAACCGAGCUCGCCACCCAGCGCCCCCGACCUCAGCGUCGAGGAGGAGCUCCUCGAACUUCGGCUGUACCCACUACAAGGAAGUUCCGAGGAACCUAAAUGUCAUGUCGCCGCACGCUUUCACUCGCAGGAACGCUGCGUUCCGGCAAGACAAUUUCGAUCUUCGUAAUGUCGAGACCUUCGGAAUCGACGCUGUCGAGAGGCAUCAAUUCGGAGCCGUGCCAACAAAGUCGCCGUCCAUCCAGUAUUCGCGAUCCGAAGAGGACUUGGUGCCUUCACAGCAACAUUGCGCUUAUCCGGAUGAUAACUUCCGGUAUCCCGAAAUCAGGGAUCCGCGAGUUCAGGAUCUCUAUUUCGAGACUUGCAGGAAGCUGCAGAUGGAGCCCAUGUAUUCUCAUCUAGAACAAACGAAGGAAGAGAUCGUCAAUCAACAGCUGAACGACAUGAAAACCACCGCGUUGGAGCACUUGAAGAACAUUGCGGAGCUCGUACCGAAAAUCGAAGUUAUGGAGGAUGUCUUCGACCGACUCACCGAUCCUGAGGAUCCACCAUGCGAGCAAGAACGGGCGGAACUACUCGACCGUCUCAAACAGCAUGUGACGCCUCAGAACGUUCUCCCGUUCUCCAAGAUGGUGCAUGCGAGAAGACUCCUCAUGCACUCCUUGUCGAUAAUGUCUCGUGAGAAGCGAUACCGGGACCAUGCGCUGGAGAUUCUCGAAGAGAUCCUCCGAAACCUUGAGAAACUCCUCUACGAGGACCGGAACGACAUGGUGUUCGGGCUGAAGAAUCUGGUCUUCCAGCGCAUCAUCAGCAAAUGUUCAAUGGACGAAAUCAUCAAACUGACACGUUGUUUGUUGGUGAACAACUGUGAUCAAGCAAUCGAAUCGAAGCUUGGUUUGUGUUUCAUCGGCUGUCUUCUGGAAACAGCCGAUUCUUUGGACUUCAGAUCGUACCCGACAUGGAUUGAGACUUUGCUGCCGAAAUUUAGGACUCAUUUGGUGAGAGUCCCGAAAUCCGAAGUUGUAUUGAGCAUCGUCCGCGAGCCCGGUCUCAAACACCUGGUGGACAACAUCAAGCUGUUUUCGAAACCUAAAACCACAUAUGACACCAUGCGUUCUCCGGUAACAUAUUGACUCUGAAAACAGAUUCGAUGUGCCGAAUAGUUUACCCUUCUCUCGACUAUGAGCGGUUUCGCGAAUUAGGUUGAUGUCAAAGACUGACAUUCGUUUCAUUUUUAGGAAACAAAUGAUUUUUCUCUUUUUUAUCUCAUUGUCUCGAAUUCGUUUCUCUCGCCUCGCUCCCUCGAGGAGAAUCAUGCCAUGCAGCUGAUUUCGGAAUCAAUGAAUCAGUUUUUCGGCGCCCAGAUCUUUCCUGCAAAUAUCACACUGAAUCGAAGGGAUCCGUCCCCUCAGUCACCGAUUCUCGUGAGAGAAUCGUAGUUUGGUGAGAACUGUCCGCUCCCAGAAUUCGACUUCGAUUGAGCAUCGACGAUGGGAAUUCCUUCCGAUAGUACUCGAGCUCAUUGUCCUCCAUGAUCAUUCAAUAAUAAACUCUCGAGAUACACUUCUUGAUAACUUUAAGCACAAACC